UUUCAGAGGUAACUGUAACUCCAUUUCACUGACCACGGGAUUACCAGCACUUCGAAACACUUUAAAGACCAAAGAAUUGGUCCUCUUUAACUUGGGAGACAACGCAGACAGAAAGGAGAGUGGUUACAUGUUCUUCCCAAUAGAACGUCUCUGCUUAAACCACGUCACUGCCUUGAACACGCCUCUACUCAGGGCCGUUGGAGCAGCUCAAAUGUGAUUGGUUCCCGACAAAGUGGGUGGAGUUCCCGGAGCCCAGAAACGAUAUUUGUAUUGCUCCUGGCCUGACUAGAAGCAAUGCCGAAGGUGAUGCGUCACUAGGCGUUCGUAGCCUGGCUACACCACUGGUGAAUAUGGGUGUGUAUUCCCUCGUCUCAGUGUUGACUGGCCUCCACUGUCUGACCACCCUCCCAGUGUGAAUGUGAUGAGGUGAAGGGAUGGGGACAAGGCCCACGUGUCCAUCGCCCGAACACGCUGACGACACCAUGCCCUCCACACACCUGUUGCCCGGCGCGGACGAGAACCAGAAUGAGCUGAUCCAGGAUCAGAAGCAGCAGCACUGGGUGUCCGCCUGCAACCAUCACCAGACGCAGACAAGCAAUGGCUGCACCUCCUCCCUCUUCUCCUCCUCCCUCUCCUCCUACUCCCUCUCCUCCUCCUCUUCCUCCUCCUCCUCCUCCUCCUCCACCUCCAACUCCAUUGGCCCCUCGGGCCCGAGCCGCGCUCUGCUGGCCUCCCUGCAAUCACUGGGGGAACACAAUGAUCCCACACUACUUCCACAGUCUCUACACCAGAUAGCAGAGGCGUAUUUCCAGGAGGAAGACUACCGCUGGGCUGUUCACUUCCUGCAGCUGGAGAAGCUUUACCACCAGAGGCUGCUGUCCAACCUGGCAACCCUACAGGAGCAGUGGGAGUCUCGGUUGCAGGUGGGGGGUGUGCGGUCUCAGCUGGAUGUCUCUGCUGCCCCCAGUGGCUGCUCCGGUGAGGACAUCCAGCACAUGGACUCCCUCAGGCACAUCUGCCGGACACACCAGCGACCGACUUCUUGCAUGGACAAGCCUCUGCAGAGGAGCAUGGCGGCCGGUCAGGCGCUGACCAAUGGAGGCACUGCCGAGUGUGAGAACAGAGGAGUGCCACAGCUGACCUCUGUGGAGGACACACACCAGAGAAGAAGAGGAGACCAGCUCCUCCAACCAGAGAGGCACCAGCGGACUGGAGGAGAGGAGCCUGAGGGGGAGCAGGAGGAGGAGGAGGAAGAGGGCGAAGAGGAGGAAGAGGACGAGGAGGAGGAUGACCUUUGGGAGGAGCAGGAUGAUGAAGAUGAGGAAGAGGAGGGUGCGAUGGGUCUACAAGAAGACUUGGCAGAGCACAUUCGAGUGGAGCAGAUAACUCCCACCAAUGGGCUUGUGUCAAUCCUGAAGAGGAAGGUGGCAGAAGAGGAAACAGCGCCCUCUGCAGACAGCCCCAACAGGCUGCAAACGCCCAGACGGAAAGUGCGCUUCAGUGAACCCUAUGAUGAUGAUACCGAUCGUGAGGAUUCCUGUCUGAUGUUUGUGCUCCUGAUCCUGGUCACCGUGGUGAUUAGCAUUGCUGGGACGGCAUUCUACUGUCUCCUCGGUAACGCCGGCACGGCCGUGUGCACGGACUUCUCCCAGAGCAUGGAGGUCUACUGGCAGCCGGUGCGGCGCGGGGUCGGCUGGAUUACACACUGGCUGCUUCCAGGCCUGUCGUGGUCAGCAGGCGGGAAGUGAGACGGAGGUCCCAGGACCUGUGUGUGUGUGUGUGUGUGUGUGUGUGUGUGUGUGUGUGUGUGUGUGUGUGUGUGUGUGUGUGUGUGUGUGUGUGUGUGUGUGUGUGUGUGUGUGUGAGGGGUGGAGUUAGUGCAAGGCUGUCUGCUUGCAUAUGAACAAAUUGCUGUUGACCAGACUAGAGGAAAGUCUGCUCACUGAAUGAACAACGUACAACAUGCACGCACACAA